AUGCCCUCCCUCUUCCCUGCCCUUCUUCACGCGACGCAUGCGCACCAACAGGCGUCGUCAUCACCCCACCCUGCCGCUCCCACCCACGCCUCGACAACAGCCACAGCCGCCGCCGCCGCCGCCAAGCACCGCGGUGUGUCGUCCUACUUCAUCAACAAGAUCGAGACGGCCGAGUUGUUGAUCAACUCGAAGACGCAGAACUUGAGGAGGCUGGAGGCGCAGAGGAACACGUUGAAUGCGAGGGGUCAGUGAAGCCCGUCUGACGAUCCCGAGAUGGCCGGGGAGGGUGCUAUACAGGCAGUGUGACCAGAAGCUAAUCGGUGUGCGUUUCCUCCGCAGUUCGACUACUGAGGGAAGAGCUGCAGCUGCUGCAAGAACCGGGGUCGUACGUCGGCGAGGUCGUCAAGGUGAUGGGCAAGAAGAAGGUGCUCGUCAAGGUACAGCCCGAGGGCAAAUAUGGUCAGUGCGCCGGACGAGGUGCAUUGCAUUCCAUCCUCGUGUACUGAACACCUGCGUCUUUGCCCUCCAUCGACCAGUGGUCGAUUUUGCCCCGUCGAUCCAACUGUCCCAGUUGACGCCCAACUUGCGCGUCGCGCUCAGGUCCGAUUCUUGUAAGUGGACCGUACCCUUUCACCAGCUGUCAGAUGUCCGUCAGCUCAAUUCGUCGUAUUACUCUCCGCAGACCAACUGCACACGAUCUUGCCGACCAAGCAAGACCCUCUCGUCGCGCUCAUGAUGGUCGAAAAGGUGCCCGACUCGACCUACGAAAUGGUCGGUGGUCUCGACCAGCAGAUCAAGGAGAUCAAAGAAGUGAUCGAGCUACCCGUCAAGCACCCCGAGCUGUUCGACGCCUUGGGAAUUGCCCAACCCAAAGGUGUGCUCCUGUACGGCCCUCCGGGAACAGGCAAGACCUUGCUCGCGCGUGCCGUGGCCCAUCACACGGACUGCAAGUUCAUUCGCGUUUCCGGAUCCGAGUUGGUGCAAAAGUACAUUGGUGAAGGUUCGAGGAUGGUCAGGGAGUUGUUCGUGAUGGCGAGGGAACAUGCGCCUUCGAUCAUCUUUAUGGAUGAGAUUGAUUCGAUCGGGUCCAGUCGUGGGGAGUCGGGGAGUGGGGGAGGCGAUUCUGAAGUGCAGAGGACCAUGCUGGAGUUGCUGAACCAACUGGAUGGGUUCGAGGCGACCAAGAAUAUCAAGGCGCGUUGA